AUGUGGAACUUUAUGAAGAUGGCUUCUCCUUUCACAUUGCUGCCACUGCUCCUCCUGCCCUCGUUGCUUUUGGCUCUGCUCAGCGCCACCUCCUACCCCGGGGACUUCUCCACCCAGGAGCCAACUCCCACACCCUCCAGCUUGAGUUCUGUCGGAGUGGGGGAGCUCUCCCGCAGCGUGCCGCCCCCCACGGCAGGCCUCAGUUCUCGGGUAGUUGUAGAGGCAGAGGAUAACAUGUCCGUGGUCGAGCUUUACCUCUACAGUGGUGACGCCUCCGUCCUGUCUUCCUCUACCUGUGGCCAGCCUUUCUGGUUGACCGGCCAGCGUGGUGCCCUCCCACCAGACCUGCAGCCUUUCCUGCAUCAGGCUGUUGUGUCCCUGACCAGCACAGCUAAUUUCCUCAAUCUCAUCUUCCAGGCCAGCGAGCUGCGCGAGACCAGUGUGGAGGAGGACAUCGAGUGGUACCAUGCCUUGGUCCGGGCCAUGUUGGAGGGCGACGAGCCCGGCCUGGUUCAGCAUGCUCUACUGACCUUUGAUGCUGACCCCACAGCCACUCAGCCUCACCUGGUGCUCCGCGCAUCCAGAGGUCUCUCACAGGACACCUACCUGCAGGACCUCACACUCCAUCCCCCUGAGAGCAGCUGGUUCACCUCGCUCAAGUCCAGGAACCCACCCUUCCCUGGCCUGUCUAAACGGGUCCUGCUCAAUGACCUCAGCACCCUGGACACACCAAAAUGGGCCUAUGGAGAUAGUUAUGUGAUCAAUAGUAGUGGAGUGCAGUGGGGUGAGGCCCCUUUCUUGGAGUGUGAGGAUGGUCAUUUCUUGCCUGGGUGGCUUCUGACUCUUUCUGUACCCUUUUAUGGGCUAAAGCCAGACCUCAGCCCAGAGUUCAGGGGUGUGAUCCGUAUGGAUGUGAACAUCCAGGGCUUUAAUGUGGACCAGUGUACCAGUGGAAAUGUCUGGUUUGCUGACACACAUCAGUGCAACCGCACCAGCAUGGAGUGUGAGGUAGUUCCCAGGCAGGGCUUUCGACUGGGCCAGUACUGCUGCAGAUGUAAAGAGGGAUACUACAGUCCACCAUCAGACUCCCAGGACCAGGGUGUGAACAGAAGCCAAGUUUGCUACCCUAAGAUGCCUGUGUGCCUGCCCUGCUGGCCGGGCUGUCAGAAGUGCAAGGAUGGCUCCCCCUGCUGGGUGCAGGAGGACUGGCUGUUGAGGGCAGGGCUCCUCUCCAUGCAGGGGUUCUUCAUGGUCCUAGCGCUAGUGCUCAUGCUGAAGGCAUACCAGUGUCGCAGGAGCAGGCGAAUCCGAGCAUCAGGUCUCUUGCUGUUGGAGAUGAUUCUGUUUGGGUCUCUCCUCCUUUACUUCCCUGUCUUCAUCUUGUAUUUCAAACCCAACACGUUUCGCUGCAUCCUACUGCGCUGGGUCCGUUUACUUGGCUUUGCCAUCGUUUAUGGCACUGUGAUACUGAAAAUGUACCGAGUGCUGAAGGUGUUCCUCUCACGCACUGCUCAGAGAGUGCCCUACAUGUCCAACACCUGUGUUCUGAAGCUUCUGGGGGUGAUGGUUCUCACCGUGAGCUGGUUCUUGUGCGCUUGGACUGCGGGGGUCCUACAGAACCAGGACCGCAACAUCUCUCUGCUGAUUACAGCCACCACCUCCGAUGGCCAGGGCUUCACAGUGUGUUACUUGGACCGGUGGGAUUAUAUGAUGACUGUGGCAGAGUUGCUGUUCUUGUGCUGGGGGAGCUCCCUCUACAAGGCAGUGAAGACUGUGCCAUCUGCCUACCAUGAGCCUCGAUACAUGGGCAUGGCCGUUCAGAACGAGCUGCUCCUCUCUGCCAUGUUUCACAUUCUCAGGUUCAUGCGGCCAUUUCUGCAUCCUGAUUGGACACUCUUGCUCUUCUUCACACAUACACACGUCACAAUCACUGUAACACUCAGCCUGCUGUUCAUUCCUAAGUUCCUCUACAUGUCUCGACCUCGGAAAGAGGAGAUCGCCGAGGUGUAUGAGGAUGAAGUGGACCUGCGGCGUUCAAGCUCAUUCCUCAACAACAGCUUUAUGUCUGCCUGCAGCCUGGACCCUGACGACAUCCGGGAUGAGCUGAAAAAACUUUAUGCUCAGCUGGAAGUUCAAAAGAACAAGGCACUGACAAACAACAAUCCGCACCUGCAAAAGAAGCGCAGCUCCCGCCUCACACUGGGACGAUCCAUCAUCAGGCGCAUAGCUGAGAUUCCAGAGAGCUUGAGCAGACAGUGCAGUCAUGAAGACAAGGACACUUCAGGGAGUGGAGGAAUGAGAAAGUGGUCUGGAUCGUUCAUAGCAACACCUGAAAGCAACAGAGUCAGUAUGAGGAACGAGGCCACACCAAAGAGGCGGAAGUCCCACUGUGCUUUUGAGCGUGGUUCAGAAAGGGAUGCAUCAUUGAUGAACUCCUCACUGAGAAGCAACAUAGACAAGAGGUCACAUGUCUCUGAGGCUGAAUCCAUGGACACAACGCCUCUGGUUUGCAAGUCAGCCAGUGCUCACAACCUAGCAGUGGACAAUAACUUUCUACAACCUGGGUCUCUUCGGAUCCAGAAGUCACGUAGUUUCAUAGAAAAGCACAGAGAUCAUUAUGUUUUUUCUCCUCCUAGAACCAUGGAGAUCCCAUCUCUUGCUGGCCCAACAAGCCCAGAAAAGCCCAAGGUUCAGCGACCACAGGGCUCGAUAAAGGAGCAGACCUCAAAUGCUUUGCUCUGUCUGUCAUUUGACAAGUCUGAGGUCUGCCCUUGGGAAGUUGAAGAGGAGCAGUCAGUUGGCAAAAACCUCUCAAACCAAAAACAUGUCACUUAUUCCCUCUCUAAGCAUGAGCACCCAGCUUCUGAACCUACACCAUCUCCCACACAACUCUAUGUCUGCCCCUGGGAACAUCUGCCUCCCCCUUCCCCUCCUUCUGUGGGAGAGGGAGGACAUGGGAUAGAUUCAGAUGUUGAAUCUUCAAAACGACAACUUCCAGUCUCCUCUAGUGCUCCAGGAUCACCACGUGGCUUUGCCAAGCCUAAGGACUUCAGUGGUUUUUCUUUUCGUUCAGCUACCCAAGGUCUCCUUGUAGCAAAGGGCUUAGUAGUUGGAAAAGGAUCCCAAGCCCGAACGACAUCCAUGAAACUUUCUCCAGGCAGUGCUGUAGGUUUAGGAAGGAAGACACCACAAACACCAAGACGAGCCAUGACCACUGUUGACAUGAAACCUUGCCUUGUGAAACAAACUGCAGUGAGCCAUGCAUCAUCAGAAUCCCCAGUCAAGAGCCCUAAAAGCACUGCUCCACCAUAUGUCUGCCCAUGGGAAUCAGAGGAGAUAGUAAUGGAAGUCAAAAAACAAAAUGCCAGUGAAAAUAUAAUACAGUGGCAGAGCAGUGGUGUGCAAAGGCUGUCUGUAAGUACCAAUAGUGACAGCUACAAUACUGUACACCAAAUUAAAGCUUCACUGGCUGUUCCAACAGCAGAAAUAUGUCCAUGGGAUGUUCCCAAGCAGGCUCCAGUACAUCAGCAAAGCAUUGCUGAUAUUUGCCCCUGGGAAGUGGAGGAACCAGGUCAGUUACCAGUCAAGAGUACACGAGCUUCUGUUUGUCCUUGGGAAGCAGAGAGAACACAAGCACAAAUGUCAACAGAGAAGAGGGACCUAUUACAGAUUGGUCAAGCACCUGAACUUCAGAGCAGUGGAAGUGCUGAAGUUUGUCCUUGGGAUGCACCAGGUACCAUCACCUCUCAGUUUAAACAAGAUUCUGCCAAGUCAUGUGAGAGAAUUAUAUAUGCUAAUGCUCAACCAAGGAACCAAGACACAAAAGGACAUGGUGCUCCACUAGAGACUCCAUGGGAACCAUGUCAACCACAGAAACAUCAAGUGAUCAUUCGUGUUGACUUGUGUCCAUGCGAAUCAGAGGACACAAUAGAAAAAGACCAAGAAACAACUCAGAGCACUGAUUUAUCAAGCACAACUAUUGCAAAACAGCGAUCAUCUCAGCAACUCACCAGAACCACAGAAGCAUAUUCAUGGGAAUCAAAAGAUACCCAAUCCAAUAUGAGAACUAUUCAAGAUCAGGAAAGCAUUCGUUCUGCUGUAUGCCCAUGGGAAUCAGAAGAAACAACACAAUCUGAUGUUAAAGAACAACCAAGAGGAGCUGUUGAGAAAACUAAAGCAAAAACUCAUCCACUGACAAAACAGCUGACAGAAGCUUGUCCAUGGGAUUUCCCUGAAUUAUCAUCCACUGUCAUGGAGGUCUGUUGUUUGGAGUCAAAAGCAGCAGCCCCCAACCUAAAGCAACUAACUGUGGGUUUAACUUCACAGGGGUCCACAUCUAAGAAAGCACAUGUGUGUCAGUGGGAAGCAAUAGAUUCUGAGAGUUCCAAAGAAGGGGGUGCUGCCAAAACUAAGGAAGGGGAGAAGUCAAUCCCAAAGGAAGAAAGUGUACAUGCAAAUGUUUGUCCUAGCGAAACUAAUGAGACAGUCAACGUACAAGUGGCUAUUUGUGCAGAAGCAUGCUCUUGGGAAACUAGCUAUCCAGUCAAAAAACAAGAGACUGUUGAUACCGAAGUCUGUCCUUGGGAAGUUAGUGAGCUGGAAACAGAAAAACCAGCAAAAUCAUUCCAAAAACAAGGAAUUCAUCGUGAUAAUGUAUGUCCAUGGGAGACAAGUGAGCUAGAAAAGCAAAUGAUGAAACAAGAGAGUGUUUUCACUGAUAUUUGUCCCUGGGAAACUGAAGAGUCACCAAAUCCAGCUCAAAGUGAAAACAGCCCUCAAGCAGACAUUUGUCCUUUAGAACCAAAGGACUCAGGAAAGUCCCAACUACAUCAAACAAUUUGUCCUCAGGAAACUAAAUCCGAAACACCAGUAAAAUCAGAGGACAGUACUGUUAAACCAGACACUGAGAUGAAGGAAAGAGACGUGACACUGUCUGCAGGCGUCAGAGCACAGGGGUCAAGGAUUAACCGACCUCUUACUCGAUGUGAUGCACUGUGUCCAUGGGAAAUGGAAGGGGAGUCACAGGUAACCAUGACAAUGCAUGAUAACGCUGAUAUUUUCACCUGGGAGGAAACAAUACCAGAGGAGGAAGAAGGUGAUGCAGAAACAGCUGCAGAGGCCUUUGUCUUCCCACCUGAUUUAUAAGCGCUGAGCUACUUAACUUAGCACUGUGCUCUUGUUUCCGAGACUGAGUUCUAACAAAUCUGGCCAUGAGUUAUAUUACUGAUGUAAUUGAGACAAUUUAAAAGUGGUGACUAAGGAAAUGACAACUAUAGGAGACUACUAUAAUAAAUGUCCUCCAUUUUCUGCUCAUCAUGCAGUAUGUGUUGUAUGGCAAUAAAGUGUUCAGUCUUGCCAGGACUGACACGUCGUUGUGAUAGACUGAUCUCCCCAGCUAGGUGUAUAUCUCACAAGACUACUCUCAAUCCCUCUUUGAACUUGAUAUUGUUUUGUGCAUCUUUGUGUUUGUAUGAGAGUGCAGUCUACUUACUUGCCAGUCACACAUUUCUAUAACCUUGAAAUCAGA